GACAUAGAGAGAAAAAGUGUAAAUAAAAGUUUAAAGUGUGAGCGAAUGAGACCACGUUUGUUUUGAUUUUAUUUUCAUUUCAAUAAUUGAUUACUAUUUUAUAUUAAAAAGAUGGGAAAGAAAAAUAAAGAAUCCUUAGGCCGAUCACUGAUCAAGGAUAGAUUUUCAAAAAAUCGCCACAAAAAGCAUGUUGAGGACAACACAAUGCUACACACUACUGAGAUUAAUGAUGGCUAUGAUUGGGGACGGCUUAAUCUACAAUCUGUGACAGCUGAGUCCUCACUUCAAGAGUUCCUGUCAACAGCGGAACUUGCUCAAAGGGAGUUUACAGCAGAAAAACUAAAUCUGAAAUAUGUAAAGUCCGUGCCAAGUGAAGUGCAAGUGGUUACCUCACAGCCAGAUUUUGAUGAACCUCUGACUGUACCUAGAAGACCAGCAUGGAACCCAAGCAUAACAGCAGAAGAACAGUUGAACCGUGAAAGAGAAUCAUUCCUCGAAUGGAGACGUCACCUCAAUGAGCUGCAAGCUAAACUCGGAGCAGCCCUGACACCCUAUGAGAGGAACUUGGAGUUCUGGCGGCAGCUUUGGCGGACUUUGGAGAAAUCCGAUAUUGUUCUCAUACUUUUGGACGCGAGGAACCCUUUGUUGUUCAGAUGUGAAGAUUUAGAAAAAUAUGCAAUUGAACAGAAAUGCAAGUUCAUUUUAUUGUUGAAUAAGGCUGACUUGACCACCGAAUAUGUUCGGAAAUGUUGGGCGGAAUAUUUUAAUAAACAGAACAUACCAAUCAUAUUUUUCUCGGCAGCAAAACAGACAAAUGAAAGAAAAAUUUCAGAAACAAGUUCAAAAUCAAAAGAAGAAUUGAAUUCGGACACAGAAUCUGCAGUCUCCGAUAUAGAUGAGGAUGAUUUAGAAAAUGAGACCUUAAAAUCUAUGGAAGAUGAUAUAGAAUUGUUUAAAAAGCAAUUAGGUGAUAUUGGUCAGGCGGUAUCAAAUACUGCUGACAAAUUAGAUAGGAUACAGAUUGCAUUAGACAAGGUUGUUGAAAACUUGCGAUCUGGGAAGCCAAUAGAACCUUUGCAUAGUGAAGAAAUUGUACAAAAUGAAGUUGGAAGUACAAAUGAUGUUAUAAAUUCACAUGAAAUAUAUGACAGGAAUAAAUUGUUAGAAGUUUUGAAGGCUCAGAAAUUGGAAAGUUUGAAGAAUCCUCCCAGGAUCUCAGUUGGGAUGAUAGGUUAUCCGAAUGUAGGGAAAUCAAGUACUGUUAAUGUUUUGAUGCAAACAAAGAAGGUCAGCGUCAGCGCAAUGCCAGGUCACACCCGCCACAUCCAAUCUCUAGUGUUGGACGAGCAAUUAGAAUUGUUGGACUGCCCCGGUCUGGUGUUGCCAGCUUACGCUGUCGCCCCUGACCUAAUGUUGACUGCCGUCUUGUCUAUAGACCAGAUGCGUUCACACGACGCCGCCAUGGCCCGCCUUUGCCAAUUAGUGAGCAAACACACUUUUGAAUGCAAAUACGGACUGCUUCUGCCAGACAACGAAGACUCACAGGCGAGCUACAAGCAGAUCCUUACUGCGCAUGCGUUCAACCGUGGCUUCAUGACGGCAGCGGGUCAACCUGACCAAUCACGGUCAGCCAGGAUCCUUCUGAAGGAAGCCGCCAGUGGCAAGCUGCGAUGGGAACAACCGCCUCCGGGAUGUGAAGCUAAACUGGAAGAUCUGAUAGAAGAGAAGAGAAGUGAGAAGAGAAAACCAACGCCCAGAGAGGCGAGGAUGGUCGAGGGCUGGCUGAACAAAUCUGCCGAAAUUGACAGCGCGUUCUUCGCGAUGAAAAAAAGCACUUCGCAUGUAAAAGGGAAACCUGUUCUUGGUGUAGUCGGUGCCCAACUCGCCGACGGCCAAACCGGGAAGCCCUGGAAAUUAGAGAAGAAACACGCAAAUAAGAACAAGAGAGAAAAACUAAGGAGAGUCUACGCACAUUUAGAUGAGCACUAAACAGCCGCUGCAGUUCUACCUUCUACGUUAAACGUUUUGUGAAAAUCAACUUUAAAAUAAGUCGUUUAAAAUAUUCAGAUUGUAUUCUAUUGCAUUUAUCUACUAACAUUGUUAUUUAUUUAAUCGCAUCGGUAACCUUUGUAAUAGUCACUAAUUGAGCUGUCAAAAUUAAAAUUAUUUGCCGGACAAGAUAUAACAUACAUACAUACAUAAAAUAAUGCCUUUUUCCCGGAGGGGUAGGUAUUGCUAUAUCAAACGCAGAACUAGCGCCCUCAUUGACAGCCCUGCUAUAAAUAUGGUCAAGAUUUACCUGUCACCUAUAGCUUAGUAGAUCUUUAAAAACUUCAUUCAGUUGAAAGAUAAACGCAUCAUUUACGUUCCACACGAUGAGUAGGUUUAUAAGUUUUAACGGUUCAGAAAUUUAAGCGUUCAAAAAAUGUUUUAUAGUUGUUUUUGGUUUAAUUGUUGCAUUUGAUUUUGUAUAUAUUUGUAAUUUAGUUAUAAAAUAUCACCUAUUACAUUAAUAAAGUUAUGUUCAAUUCGA